GGCGGGAAAUUCCUGUUUCUCAAAAACGUGUAGUCUCGUACUUUCGGGAAUGUUUGAUACUGGAAUAAUGAUCUUUUAGGAAUGAUGUGAACGACAGCUACAGAAGAGAACAUGGUUUGGAUCAGUCGUGUUUGUCUGAGGAAGUAUGGAGGCUUUGUGGACAACCUCCGGCUGUAUGUCAAAGGGGGCAGCGGAGGCAUGGGGCUGCCCCGCCUGGGGGGCCAAGGAGGGAAAGGUGGCGAUGUGUGGGUGAUAGCCAAGGAGAGUAUCACCCUGAAGAAGGUCAAGGAUAUGUACCCCCAGAAGAGGAUGGUGGCAGGAGUCGGCACCAACAGCAGCAUCCGCGCUCUGAAGGGUGACAAGGGAAACGACCAGCAGAUUUUUGCCCCGCCUGGCAUCGUCGUCACCAAUGACGACAAGAGGAUUCUGGGGGAGCUGAAUGCUGUGGGCGAUAAGGUCCUGGUGGCUCGAGGAGGUCAGGGCGGAUCCUUCCAGACGGGAUACCUGCCCAAUAAAGGCCAGGCUCGGCACAUCCGGCUGGACCUGAAGCUGAUUGCCGACGUGGGCCUGGUGGGGUUUCCAAAUGCGGGCAAAUCGUCACUACUGGCUAAACUGUCCCACGCCCGGCCUCAGGUCGCCAGCUACCCGUUCACCACUCUAAGACCAGAGCUUGGGAAAAUCAUGUACAACGACUACAAGCAGGUGUCUGUAGCUGACCUUCCAGGGCUGAUUGAAGGUGCUCACAUGAACAAGGGCAUGGGCCACAAGUUCCUGAAACAUGUGGAGAGGACCAAGCAGCUGGUGUUUGUGGUGGAUGUCUGUGGUUUUCAGCUUUCAGCCAAAUCCCCGUUUAGAACAGCGUUUGAGACAGUGCAGCUCUUGACUAAGGAGCUGGAGCUGUACAGUGACGAGCUGCUGUCCAAGCCAGCAUUUCUUGUGCUCAACAAAAUGGAUCUUCCAGAUACAGAGCAGAAGCUGGAGGAGUUAAUGGGACAUCUUCAGAACCAAAAAGACUUUGCCCACUUGCUGCCUGAUGCCAUGAUGCCGAAGAGCAGUUUGUCGUUCAGGCAUAUCCUGCCCGUCUCUGCGAUGACCGGGCACGGCAUCGAAGAUCUGAAGACCUGCAUCCGGCAGACGCUGGACGAGCAGGCCGCCGCAGAGACAGCGGACCUGCACCGAGCUUGUCUACAGGAGCUGCGGGACACAGGGUGGCCUAACACAACCAAAGACUCAACUGGCACAGUGUAACAUGCUCCCCUCUGGCUAGGCGCUCGGUUCACUUUGUCUGAUGCAUUUCAAAGCCUUUAGGAGCCUGGUUAGCUCUGGCGAAGCACGUCACUUGUUUGCAGUGCAGUGCGCGACCCAUCUCUGAGGAUCGUUUGCUUUGGUCCGAGUGAGUCAGAUUCCGUAGUGUGUCUCACUUGCUCUAGAAGAGCGGGGCCUCUUUAGCUGUGAAAUAACUGUUGUCUCCGUCAAAUAUGACAUUAUGAACAGCUGAGUUUUAUAUGCAGCAGGGAGACAAACACUUAUAAAUGACCAAGACCCAUGCCUCUCCUUUUGAUAUUGUUUGGAUAACGUUUGUCAGUUAUUAAUGAAACUUGUCACUACUAGGUACUGUUAUGGUAUGACAUGUGACACAGGAAGCAGAUACAGACCCAUUUCGAUGAAAGUUUUAUUUUAUAUUAAAUAUAUUACAAUACUGAAUGAUGUAAGAAAGAAAAUAUGGGCAUUGAUUUUUGCAUUGUCUGUCUAUGUACAGCACACAGAGGAAAAGACUGCAGUAGAUCGAUGUGCAUUAGGUGCAAUACAUGCCCUGAAAGGAGGGGGGGGGGGCAACAGAUCUGCGGAUGUGAGUGGUGGGGGGUUUCCGACUGCGCCAUGCACGUGGGACGCCCUGCCACAUGGGGGAGGUUCUUGUUUUGGGCUGGAGUUUGGAAGACUCUGUUUGUUGUAGGGGUGUCAGGACAGUGAGGUGCGGUGGUCUGGAGCCAACAGAUACUGGGAGCUGGGUUGUGCCCCCCCCCCCCCCACACACACACAUUGAGGCGUAUCUGAUCCCUGGGCCACUGAAAGCAUGGGGUGGGGGCCUUUAGGCUCAUCAUAACCUACAUGCGCUAUUGCUUUAAAUGUCAGCACUUCCCCAGCACUCAGGGAGUACCAGGGGUGGGGCCUCGCAGAACUGCUGGGGGGCCCUUGUGUCAGUGGUGCGGCGUGGCUGCAGUCCGCAUUUGCCUUAUUUAUUCAGAGAGCCACAGUCCAGCCAACUAACCGGCCUCCGACAUACAUCUGACUGCACAGAUCCUGGGACUGAAGCAAGUACCCAUGUGGGAGUUAGGGAGGAAUAAAACGGGAAUGUAAUUAUAUAGGACGCGUUAAGGUAACGGCACAGUAGUAUGAAUCCCGUAUUGUGAUCUUACUAUAAUAUUGUAUACAGCUGCUUUUGUUCUCAUCACCAGUGCCCAUACUAAACCGAAAGCAUAUUCAUUAAGAUAGAAACAGCAGGCCUAAUAAACAUUGCAAACACACACGGUGUCCCGCUGAGCGCCUCCGCGGUGUCGGCCGUGUCUUAGCACGGUCACAGCGCCAUCUCCCAGCUCACCGUUGUUGUGUGUUGGUUGAACACACGUUUCAUUUAAUAUUC